GAGAAAUCCUACCAAAAACAAAGCUGUGAGAGCAGAAACUCAAAGGCUCAAAGCAAUUGUUGAAUGUGAAGAUGAUGCGCAGCAGCAGCUCAAGAGGUAUGCUUUCUUCUCUCUCCGUCAACAAUGUCAUCAUGGCUUUGUUUCAUUCGAGACAGAGACAAACCCAAACCCAUGUAGAGAGGCUUGUGAGAAAACCACCCUCAAAGCCCAAAGUUGAGGAGGAUGCCUUGAAGUUGUUCCGUGAAAUGCUUCACAGCCGUCCUCUGCCUUGUGUUGUUCGUUUCACUCAGUUAUUGGGUCAACUUGUCAAAUUGAAACACUAUUCUGCCGUCAUCUCUUUGAAUAGACAGAUGGUUCUCUGUGGAAUCGCUUCUGAUCACUACACCCUGUCUAUUAUCAUUAAGUGCUACUGCCAUUUGAAUCAAAUGGGGUUUGGCUUAUCUGUCUUGGGAACAUUCUUCAAAUUGGGUCUUCAACCAGACGUCGUCACCUUCACCACUCUAAUCAACGGCUUUGUUCUCCACAAUCAAGUGCCUCAGGCUGCACGAAUUUUCACCAAAAUGCUGGAGGCAGGAGGUCAUUGUGAGCCAAACGCGGUUACGUUCAACACACUAAUAAAGGGCUUUUGCAUGAGGGGAGACAACACUGCUGCGAUUCAAUUACUUGGGAAGAUGGAAGAAAGAGGAUGCGAGCCUAACAUUGUUUCCUUUAGCACCAUCAUUGACAGUCUUUGCAAGCACACACUAAUUGAUGAAGCAUUCAACCUCUUCUCAGAAAUGAUCAGUAGAGGUAUUACUCCAGACGUUGUUACUUACACGUCUUUGAUUCACGGAGUUUGCAAACUAGGCCAGUGGAAACAAGCUACGAGGUUGCUUGAUGAAAUGUUGAGUAAAGGUAUCUUUCCAGAUGUUUGCACCUUCAAUGUCUUGGUUGAUACUUUCUGUAAGGAAGGGAUGGUCAUGGAAGCCAAAAGUGUGAUUCAAAAGAUGAUUCAAAGACAUAUUCAGCCUGAUACGAUUACAUACAACUCACUUAUGGACGGUUACUGUUUGCGAGGAGAAAUGGACAAGGCAAGACAAGUUUUUGAUGUUAUGAUUAGCAAGGGCUCCAUGGUUGAUGUUCGGAGCUGUAGCAUAUUGAUACAUGGAUAUUGCAAGGGUAAAAAGGUAGAUCAGGCUUACAAGAUUUUCAAGGAAAUGGCUCGUAUGGAACUUGUUCCUGAUACCGUUACUUAUACCACUCUUAUUGAUGGUUUUUGCAAAGUGGGGAGAAUUCAAGAAGCAGAAGAGUUGUUCUCUGAGAUGCAGGGUUGUGGCCAGCUUCCAAAUGUUCAAACUUAUGCUGUGAUACUUGAUGGCCUGUGUAACAAUCAGCAACUUUCUACGGCAGUAGAAUUGCUCAGAGAGCUGGAAGCCAGAGAACUAGAACUCGAUAUUGUAAUUUACAAUAUUGUUAUUGAAGGUUUCUGCAAAGCUGGAGAUAUUGAAUCCGCAAGAGACCUCUUCUGUGGUUUGUCAUCAAAAGGAGUUCAGCAUAAUGUCAGAACAAACACUGUAAUGAUUCAUGGACUUUGUCAUCAUGGCUUCAUAAUUGAAGCAGAAAAGUUGCUGAGAGAAAUGGGAGGGAAAGGAUGUUCUCCAAAUGGUUGGACCUAUAACACCAUUAUCCGAGGUUUUAUCAAUAACAAUGAGACAUCAAGGGCUACGAGACUUAUUCAAGAAAUGCUUGAGAGGGGUUUCUCUGCAGAUGCAUCAACUAUGGAAUUGAUUGUUGAUUUAUUGUCGAAGGAUACAGUAGAUCCUGGUUUAUUAGCAUUGCUUAAAGAUUCAGUCUGAAGUUAGGCUUUAAUAUCUGUGAGACUAAUCAACCCAAAACCCUGGUCUUUUUGGGUCUAAUGGGUCGGUCCACUUUCUCCUCGGACGAUAUUGUAAUAAAGUCUCAAAAUGAUAACAAACUGUACAGAUUAAUCAAGCUUGAGAAUGGCCUCACUGCAUUGCUCAUUCAUGACCCUGAGAUAUACUCACAAGGGUAUAUGUGGGUAUAAGAGUCUUGAACCCAGUGAACAAGAUUAAGCAGCAGCUAAAGGUGGAGAUGGUGCCUCUGAGACUAAGAAGGCAGCAGCAGCAAUUUGCGUUGGAAUAGGCAGCUUUUCUGACCCUAUGGAAGCACAAGGGCUUGCACACUUUCUUGAACAUAUGCUCUUCAUGGGGAGUACAAAGUUUCCAGUUGAAAAUGAGAUAUGCUUUCAUCGAGUACAUGUGCUUUUCUCCUGAUGCUAACCUCAUUAGAGAUGUCAGUAUGAAGAAUAAGACUGAAACAAACUCUGUUAUUGAGGACGAAGGAGCAGCUGGGAUAUGUUCAGUGUGACUGGAAGGUGAUAUCCGGUGUUUUUGUCUUUUAUUUCAUAGUUCAGUCAUCGGAGUACAACCCAAUUUACUUGCAGCGGAGAGUUGACAACUUUAUGAAUGGUCUG